CCUUUGUAUUAAGUUUAUGGAAUGAAUUAGAUUUGCUUAAAAAAAGAAAGAAAAAAAGAAUCAAGUAUCCAAAUCGUACCUUCAUCUCUUGGAGCUUACAAAAGUCCUCGAAAAUGUCAGACGUGACUGUUUAUCUCAUGCGUUUUAGAAGUUAACGCAGAAUAUUCCUUCUGAGUAGGGUUUCCCUUUCCGUUUCACUUUCUCUCUUUCGAUAAACAUUCCUUGACCCGAUGAUCUCCCCAUUUUCCCGAUUCUUGGGGUCUCUGAGAUUUGUUGCCUGCCUUUGAAGCCCGAUACUUCAAUGGAAGCUCGAGUUGGUGUGGUUGUCGAAGGAGAGCAGAGAGCUCUGAACUCUGCUCAUGGUAGCGUCGUCGACCGGAAAUUUUUGCAGCAGCACAACCACACGAACCAAUCACUGAAACAGAACUCUCAGAUUGGCACGGUCCAACAGCUUCUCGCCGGUGGUAUUGCGGGUGCUUUUGGAAAAACCUGCACGGCGCCUCUGGCUCGCCUUACCAUCCUCUUUCAGGUGCAAGGCAUGCACUCUGAUGUUGCAGCACUGAGUAAGGCUAGCAUAUGGCGUGAGGCUUCUCGAAUCAUCAACGAAGAAGGGUUUAGAGCCUUUUGGAAAGGCAAUCUGGUCACGAUUGCUCAUCGUCUUCCUUAUUCUUCAGUCAACUUCUACGCAUAUGAACGCUACAAGAAUCUGUUGCAUUCGAUUAUUGGGGAAAAUCGUAGAGGUAAUACAAGUUCAGAUCUUUCUGUGCACUUUGUAGGUGGUGGAUUGGCAGGAAUAACAGCUGCCUCUCUUACAUAUCCUCUUGAUCUUGUUAGGACACGUCUUGCAGCACAGACAAAUUCAGCUUACUACAGAGGCAUCUGGCAUGCAUUUCACGCCAUUUGCAGAGACGAAGGUUUAAUGGGUUUAUAUAAAGGAUUAGGAGCAACACUUUUGAAUGUUGGACCCAGUAUAGCAAUAAGCUUUUCUGUUUAUGAGACCUUGAGAUCUUUUUGGCAGUGCCAAAGGCCCAAAGAUUCCACUGUCAUGGUCAGUCUUGCUUGUGGAAGUCUCUCGGGCAUUGCAUCAUCAACUGCAACAUUCCCUUUGGAUCUUUUGAGGCGAAGGAUGCAAUUAGAAGGGGCUGGUGGUCGAGCCCGUGUCUAUAAUACUGGCUUGUUUGGGACACUAGGGCACAUAAUCCGGAAUGAAGGCGUGCGAGGCCUGUAUAGAGGGAUUAUGCCAGAAUACUACAAGGUUGUUCCCGGAGUAGGCAUCAUCUUCAUGACUUAUGAGACGCUAAAGAUGCUUCUUUCACACAUCCCGGGAAGUUUUUAAUUGCCAAAAGUUUCCCGUUUUCUGCCAUUGACUGUGCCACCAAGCUAACAAAGUCAUAAACUCACUCUGUUCCGCAACAUGGGAAGGUGAAGAAGAGAAUGAAGUUCAUAAAAGACACGAGGUAGAUGGAAGAAUAGUUUUGGAAUGUAUGCUGAGAAAUUGUGGUGGUAGAUUUUGUCCUUGCUACCUCGAGACCAUACACAUACAUAGAUACUUUUUUGUAUAGAUUGUCAAUGAGUCAUACUAAGUGUACCCAAGUCCAAUAUGAUUAAGUAGUUACAUAUUCAUGUUGCUGUUGGUGAUCAUAUCAUCACUACAGUUGUAUUGUAGCCUGCUUGUUUGUUACUUCCUGCCCUUCUGCAGAAUUACCUUUCCCAGGUGCUCAUUUUUUUAAUAAAUCUGUAUUGUCCCAUGUUGCAGAGAAA